AUGGACACCGAGAGCAGGGACACCGAGAACCAUAAGGUUACCGGCGCCAAAGAGCCUAACAGAUCACUUGAGCUGGAACCUCCCCCGGAUUUCCUGCAGCACCGCUCAUCCAUCUUUGACAAGCUCAAAGCCACAUACGACGAAGAAGUCAGCAGGAAACCCCAUGACAAGAUUGAAAUCGCUCUGUCCGAUGGCCGCUUGGAGAUUGGCACGGCAUGGGAAUCUACUCCAGGACUCAUUGCACGAACAAUUUCAAAGUCAUUAUUUGAGAGGACGGUCAUCUCUGUGAUGGAUGGAGAGCUGUGGGAUUUAGAAAGACCUCUAGAGAAGAGCUGCAAGCUGGAGUUCCUAGACUUUGAGCACCCCAAAGGCAAACAAGUGUUCUGGCACUCGAGUGCUCACAUUCUAGGAGAAGCUGCAGAGAGGAGAUUCGGAUGUCACUUGUGUAAUGGACCACCAACAGAGGAUCCACCUGGAUUCUACUAUGACAUAGGGAAUAUGAAUGGCAUCACUGUGCAGGAAUCGGAUUGGAAACCUCUGGAGACUAUCGCUAAUCAAGCCAUCAAAGAGAAGCAGCCAUUCGAGCGAUUGAUUAUGUCGAAGACGAACCUACUCGAAAUGUUCAAAUACAACAAGUACAAGGUUCAUUUCAUCCAAGAGAAAGUCCCUGAUGGAACGAGCACUACGGUGUACCGCUGCGGCCCGCUCAUCGAUUUGUGUGUUGGACCACAUGUACCACAUACUGGUCGAAUCAAAGCCUUCGCAAUCUUGAAGAAUUCUUCUGCCUAUUGGCUUGGAAUUUCGGCGAACGAAUCCCUUCAGCGCAUUGCCGGCGUGUCGUUCCCUGAGAAGAAACUGCUAGAGAAGCACAAAAAAUACCUACUGGAGGCCGCGAAGCGGAAUCAUAGAAAGAUUGGGCAAGACCAGAAGCUUUUCUUCUUCGACGCGGUUUCUCCAGGUUCCUGCUUUUUCCUUCCACACGGUGCCCGCAUCUACAAUGCCAUGCUAGAUCUCCUGAAAUCCGAGUACCGGAAGCGCGAUUAUGACGAGGUCAUCACGCCUAACAUGUUCAAAGCCGACCUAUGGAAGACUUCGGGUCAUUGGGACCAUUAUGACGAUGGCAUGUUCACCUUCGCAGUGGAGAAAGAACAAUUUGGACUUAAACCAAUGAACUGCCCUGGCCAUUGUAAGAUUUUUGCCCACAGAGAUGUUAGUUAUAAAAACCUACCUAUGCGUCUUGCAGACUUUGGCGUUGUUCACCGAAACGAGUUUUCGGGGGCGUUGACAGGCUUGACUAGAGUACGACGAUUUCAGCAAGAUGAUUCCCAUAUCUUCUGCACUCAAGAGCAGGUUGAGGAGGAAAUCAAAGGCAUUUUUGACUUCAUAAGUUCCGUUUACGGAUUGUUCGGCUUCACAUUCAAACUCAAGCUUUCCACCAGACCGGAGAAGUACCUAGGAGAUAUUUCUACUUGGAACGAGGCCGAGACCAAACUCGCGACAGCCCUGGACUCUUUCGCUGCAGCAACCGGUGCUGUGUGGCAGGAAAAUCCUGGCGAUGGUGCCUUCUACGGUCCAAAGAUAGAUAUCACCAUGUACGAUGCCCUUCGGCGCGAUCAUCAAUGCGGUACCAUUCAACUCGAUUUCCAGCUGCCGCAGCGAUUCAAUCUACAAUACGUGGCCAAGGAAGAGCCUUCCGGCCCCAAAAGCGUAACCGCCGGCGAAAGUGAACUGUCUCCUGGGUACCACCGGCCAGUGAUGAUUCACCGGGCGAUCUUUGGCAGCUUCGAAAGAAUGUUUGGUGUUUUGACAGAGCACUUUGCUGGGAAAUGGCCAUUCUGGCUCAGCCCUCGCCAAAUUCUCAUAAUCCCAAUCAUGUCAGCAGUCAACGGCUAUGUGCUGGAAGUGCAGAAAAUCUUUAAGGAGAAGAUGAUGUAUGUGGAUGUCGACUUGAGCGGCAAUACUUUGCAGAAGAAAAUCCGGAAUGGGCAGAUUGAGCAGUAUAACUUUAUCUUUGUUGUUGGUGCACAGGAGCAGGAGUCGUGUACAGUCAACAUUCGAAACCGGGAUGAUCAGACUACGCAGGCCAAAGGCAGACUCAUUCCAUUGCAGGAGGCAAUUGACAAGCUCGUCAUUUUGCGAGAUGAGCGAAGGCUGAUCAAUGCCAUUUGA